CCUGCCUUCUCUGUGUUACCGGUCCUCAUUUAUACUGUUUCACUCCUUCCCGGCACCUGGGCACACACACUCAACAACUCACUUUCUUCCUCAAGGAAUUUCUGUAUUUAAAGCCGCUUGGAGGAGUUGACUCCUCAGCGUCUAAGGCAGCAAAGGCACAGCCGUUUCCCAUCUCAAAUCCCACCUUUCCCUUCGUCUUUCACUGCUUCAAAUCUCACCGCUGUUCUUCUCCAUUAUCUCAUCUCCAUCCCUCACUGCCUCCCAAGUUUACUACCCUGGCAUCAACACAAUGGGUGGCGAGACACGAGUCCAGAAGGGCCCCCGGAGCGACUAUCCCCUCCGCGCCCCAAAGCCCGUGGGCCAGAUGAUAUCCAAGAUCUACAAGGAACGAAUCGGCCAGUUCUACGCGGGCGGCCAAUAUGAGCACCAGAAUCUCCGCGCCAUGAUGAACGAGGGCGUCGUCUCCGGCGAGCCCAACGUCCAACUCUCGGUUUGGCACGCCCCGGACCAAACCCGGCCUACCUUUAAGAACGCCACGUCCCAAGAGUUCAAAAAGACCACCGUGGGAGAAUCGUUUGGUCCGGCUUGGACGACCCAUUGGUUCAGAGUCAUCCUGAAAGUUCCCAAAGAGCUUCAGGACAAGCGGCUUCUCGAGCUUCAUUGGGAUGCGAACAAUGAAGGCCUGAUUUGGAAUGAGAGCGGCCACCCGCUUCAAGGCCUCACAGGCGGUGGUGAGCGCGUGGAAUGGAUCCUGCCGGACUCGUUCCGCGAUGGAAAGGAGCACACCAUCUACAUCGAAAUGGCCUGUAACGGCAUGUUUGGGAACGCUCCUGGCGGGGAUUCCAUCCAGCCGCCAGAUCCCAACAAGUAUUUCCGGCUUAAUCAAGCUGAAAUCGUGGCUGUCGACCCGGAUGCUCGCCAACUUUACAUCGACAUCUGGGUCAUCGGCGAUGCCGCGAGAGAGUUCCCCGAAGACUCCUGGGAGCAGCACAAGGCACUCAAGACUUGCAACGAGAUCAUUGAUACCUUUGAAAUUGGCAAUAGAGAGUCGUUGAAGAUCUGCCGCACCAUUGCCGAGGACUAUCUGGGGUCCAACGUCAACUCGGCCAAGGUUUAUGAUAGUGGCAAAGAGCCGGUCGUCUAUGGCAUUGGGCACUGCCACAUCGACAGCUGCUGGUUAUGGCCUUUUGCCGAAACGAAGCGGAAGGUUGCUAGGUCGUGGUCCAACCAGUGCGACUUGAUGGACCGUUAUCCCGAGCUCAACUUUGCCUGCUCUCAGGCUCAACAGUACAAAUGGCUUAAGCAGCUGUACCCCUCUGUCUUUGACCGCGUCAAGAAGAAGGUUGCGGAGGGCCGCUUCCACCCUAUCGGAGGCAGCUGGGUUGAGCACGAUACCAACAUGCCGAGCGGUGAGUCGCUUGUCCGCCAGUUCUUGUACGGCCAGCGCUUCUUUGAGAGCAACUUUGGAAGCCGCUCCCAAACCUUUUGGCUCCCGGACACUUUCGGUUACUCGAGCCAGCUACCCCAGCUUUGCCGCCUGUCAGGCAUGACGCGCUUCCUCACGCAGAAGCUCAGCUGGAACAAUAUCAACCGCUUUCCCCAUACCACCUUCAACUGGGUUGCCCUGGAUGGUUCCCAGGUAAUGUGCCACAUGCCCCCCGCCGAGACAUAUACCGCCGAAGCCCACUUCGGCGAUGUCAAACGCAGCAUGUCGCAGCACAAGUCCCUCGACCAGGACCCCACAUCGUUGCUUGUCUUUGGCAAGGGCGAUGGAGGCGGCGGCCCUACCUGGCAGCACCUCGAGAAGCUUCGCCGGUGCCGUGGUGUCAGCGACAACGUCGGCCUCCUGCCUCGUGUUCACUUGGGCAACUCAGUCGACGACUUCUUCGACAAGCUUGAACGAAAAGCCGACUCCUUUGUGACAUGGUAUGGCGAGCUAUAUUUCGAGCUGCACCGUGGUACAUACACGACUCAGUCAAACAACAAGCGUGACAACCGCAAGUCCGAGAUCGUCCUUCGAGACUUGGAAUUGCUGGCUACGAUUGCGUCAAUCAAAGAUAAGUCAUACAAGUAUCCGAAGAAGGAGAUCGAUGCCAUGUGGGAGUCGGUACUUCUCUGCCAGUUCCAUGACUGCCUCCCAGGUAGCUCUAUCGCGAUGGCCUACCGAGAGUCUGACGAAAUGUAUGCCGAAGUUUUCAAGACUGCUGAGAGCGUCCUGAAGGAUAUUUCAAAGGUCCUUGGUGUAUCCCAAGUCCCGACCACAACCGUCGCGGACGGCAUGGCUUUGAACACCCUGCCGUGGCACCGCAAGGAAAUCGUCGACAUAUCGGAAGACGAUGCUGCUGUUGCUUGCGGAAACGGCCCAUUGAUGAAGCUGCGGACUCUCAAGACGAACCAAGACGGUGCUCUCGUCUCUGUCAAGGAAGUGUCUCCAGACGUCUUUGUCCUCGAGAGUGAUCAACUCAGGGCCAGGGUGGAAGCCGGCGUGAUCACGUCGCUCUAUGAUAGGCUCGCUGAGCGCGAAGUCAUCCCGAAGGGGCAAAAGGCCAACCAGUACAUCAUUUUCGACGACAAGCCUCUGUACUGGCAGGCCUGGGACGUUGAAGUCUACCACCUCGAAACCCGCAAGCCCCUCAGUUCAGGCGAGACCAAGAUCCACGAACAGAAGAAGCACCGUGUUAGCCUUGUUACCCAGACCAAGAUCAGCGACAAGUCGUCUAUCAAGACAAUUCUCACACUCGCUGCCGCCAUUCCGGGUCAGCAAUCCCAUAUCGAAGUUAGCAGCACCGUCGAGUGGCACGAAACCAUGAAAUUCCUGAAGGUCGAAUUCCCCGUCGACAUCCGCAACACCGAAGCCUCGUACGAGACGCAGUUCGGCGUUGUCCGCCGCCCGACCCACUACAACACCUCUUGGGAUAUGGCCAAGUUCGAAGUCUGCUCGCACCGCUUCGCUGACCUGUCGGAGCACGGCUACGGCGUAUCCAUCCUCAACGACUCCAAGUACGGCUUCGCCACGGCCGGUAACGUCAUGCGCCUUUCGCUGCUGCGUAGCGCCAAAGCCCCCGACGCCGACGCCGACAUGGGCACCCACCACAUCCGCUGGGCCAUUUUGCCGCAUCAAGGCGCCCUGUCGCACGUCACCGUGCGAAGGGCUGCCGAGUUCAACAGCCCGCUCAAACUCCUCUCUGCUCCCUCUCCCGCGGCCGCGCUGGCUGCCUUCUCGGAGCCGCCCGUGUAUCUCGCCUCGGACUCGAGCAAGGCGUUGGUGCUCGACACAGUCAAGCGCGGGGAGGACGACGAGGAUGUGUCGCGCGGGGAACUGCCCGUCAAGGAGGGGCGGAGUGUCAUUGUGCGGCUGUACGAUAGCCUGGGCGGCAGGGCGCGCGGCACCGUGGUCACGACGUGGGAUGUGAAGCGGGUGUACAAGGUCAACCUUCUGGAAGACGAGCUGGAGGAGGUGGCCUUUGAGGGAGGUAAGUUCGCAGUGGACUUGAGGCCGUUUGAGGUUGCUAGUUACAAGUUGCAGUUGGCGUAGAGGGUUGUUAAGUUAUCGGGUUUGAUGUGUUGUGUGUAUUGUGCGGAUGGAUAUCUAUCGGAACUAGGGGGUCAUGGUAGGUAACGAGGAGUUCAUUGAUGUGUUUAUCAGAAAUAUUAAAUGGCGUUACGAAAC